UCUACAUAAACUCAUUCUACAUGCGAAAAUAUAACCUUGAUAUCUUUAAUACUGACUAAGUAAGAUCAUGUCAGCGAUUGAAAUCAAUGAGUGAAAUCAAACUUUGAUGCUUUUAAUCUCAUCAUUAGAUUAGAGACCAUAUCCUGGAUUUCAACCGGACAGGGUCACUUUAAUGUUUAACUCCUGUGUGUCUUACAUGUCAGAAGAAAGCAUCUAUGUGAGAUCGUGAUCUGUUUAAGAGUGAGAUGUGGAUAUUCAGUUUUCUCUGUGUAUUUUUCGGUGCAGGAGUUUUCACCACUACACAUGCCGAGGAGGAAGAGAAUUUGUCCAUAAGGGGACAGGCUAUACAGUCAUCCACAGGAUAUGCAGGUUGGGAAGCAGACAAGGCUAUUGACACUUCACCUUUAACCUGCACCCAUACUGUACCCACAACUGAUAACCCCUGGUGGAGACUGGAUCUUCUGGAUUCUUACUACAUCUCUAGAGUUGACAUCACUAACAGACCAGACUUCGGUCCAGAACGACUCGACGGAGCAGAAAUUCGUAUUGGAAACUCUUUGGAGAACUAUGGCAACAAUAAUCCCAGAUGUGCUGUGCUGUAUGGUGUGGGAAUGGGUCAGACUGUAUCUGUGUCCUGUGGUGACAUGAAUGGACGAUAUGUGAACAUCAUCAUACCUGGAAGUUCAAAAAUGCUCACUGUAUGUGAUGUACGGGUGUAUAGAACAAAAGUCAAAGUUUUCGUGAAGAUUAAGUUUACCUCCAGUCUCACUAUGUCAGAUCCAGCAGAGAGCAACAAUGUUCUUAAUGAGAUAAAGACCGCUCUGAUUUCUAGAGGAUACUCUAUUUUCACAUUGACCUGGACAAAACUCCCUCAGAAGGCCAAACCGGAGACUAAGCUGGCUAAGUCCACGUGCUAAGGGCAGUUACUGAAUAAACAGACGGUCUUUGGAGAGGAAAAGAAACAUGUUUUUGUUGAUUUGCAUUUAUUUUUCCAAAUAAUUAUUUUCUUUUCAUCAUUUUGGAUGAUUUGUAGUUAACACAUUUUUAUAAUAAUAAUAAUAAUAAUAAGAUAAGUGUCUUCUGCACAUCAUGGUUUUCUUUCUUUCCUCUGAAAAUUGUGUAAUACAAGCAAGAAGUGCUUUUUUAUGUUUCUCCUAUCAGAAGGCUUAACAUAGAGGCAUAGGUAGGCGGCCCCCUAAUAACGUUACUCGGGGCCCCCAACCAACCUAAAAAAUAAAUGAUAAAAAUCAUCAUCAUGAACACUUCGAUAGCAAGUUGUAUUAAUAUUUUUAAAGGGAUAGUUCAC